GAUGUGUAUGUAGAUGGGGGUUGAUACUCCAGGUAAGGAGACAUCAUCCAUGUGGGAAAUCUAUGCAGUCUCUCCUCGUGGCAGUGACAUUGAAGAGGCCAUGUGCUGGAAAUUCUCUGUAUGGUUACUAACCAGAAUGCCCUCCGAGGACCGGCACCUAUCCUCGAGCUGUGGUUCUUAUGUCAAAACUGAGCCUUCCAGUCCUUCCUCCUCGCUCAUAGACACUGGCAGUCACCACAGUCCCAGCGGCAACUCUGACGCCAGUGGCGGCUACGUUAACGUUGGCAGCGGACGGUCGCACACCCUGGACUCCCCCCCAAUGUUCAACCCAGGAAUGCUGGGAGGCGGCAGCGCCUGCUUACGCCGCUACGAGGAGUGCUCCGGCGGCAUGGCUGAUGACUCGCCAAUCAAGUGCGAGUACAUGCUCAAUGGAAUUCCCAAGAGGCUGUGCCUGGUGUGUGGCGACACUGCCUCGGGGUAUCACUACGGGGUGGCCUCCUGUGAGGCCUGCAAAGCCUUUUUCAAAAGAACGAUACAAGGGAAUAUCGAGUACAGCUGUCCAGCUACCAAUGAAUGUGAGAUCACCAAAAGGAGACGAAAGUCUUGCCAGGCCUGCCGCUUUAUGAAAUGUCUUAAAGUUGGCAUGCUAAAAGAGGGCGUGCGUCUGGAUCGAGUGAGAGGGGGGCGUCAGAAGUACAAGCGGCGGUUGGAUGCUGAAAACGGCGCCUACCUCGGCCUCACCCUCCCCCCUCCAGCCAAAAAACCACUGACAAAGAUCGUCUCUCAUCUGCUGGUGGUGGAGCCAGAGAAGAUCUAUGCCAUGCCUGACCCCACCAUGCCGGACGGAGACAUCAAGGCUCUGACAACGCUGUGUGACUUGGCUGACCGCGAGCUGGUGGUCAUCAUUGGCUGGGCCAAACAUAUCCCAGGCUUUUCCACACUCUCGCUGGCAGACCAGAUGAGUCUAUUGCAGAGUGCCUGGAUGGAGAUCCUGGUGCUGAGCAUUGUGUUUCGCUCACUGCCCUGCGAGGAUGAGAUAAUGUAUGCGGAGGACUACGUGGUAGAUGAGGAGCAGGCGAGGAUCUCAGGCCUGCUGGACCUUCAUGUUGCCAUCUUGCCAUUGGUCCGACGCUACAAGAAGCUACGCAUGGAGAAGGAGGAAUUUGUUACGCUCAAAGCCAUUGCACUCUCUAACUCAGACUCCAUGCACAUAGAGAAUAUCGAGGCUGUCCAAAGGCUCCAGGAUUCUCUACAUGAGGCCCUGCAGGAUUUUGAGGGUUCCCAGCACCCAGAGGACCCCCGGCGGGCAGGCAAGCUGCUCAUGACCCUGCCUCUGCUCCGUCAGACUGCCACCAAGGCCGUUCAGCACUUCUACAGCAUCAAAAUGCAGGGCAAAGUCCCCAUGCACAAACUAUUCCUCGAGAUGCUGGAAGCCAAGGCUUGACACCCGGGCCGGGUGUUUGACGCGCAGCUGCAUCACCCAGUCCGAGGCGAGGGACAGCCCAUUAAAAAAUAAAUCAAUAAAUAAAGGUGGUGCCAACUGACAGCGGAAGGAUGAAGCUUGGAGUCAUUUUAACACUUUUAAACAAAACUAAACUUAAAGGUAAAAGGGACUUGAAAUAGUUUUAAAAGGUGGGCAAUUAUCAGUCUGAUUGACAGGGGAUCACGAUGAUGUAUAUAAAGAUGUUGUGUACAGAAAUCAGGCAGCCGAGGUCUUGUUAUAACCAGAGACCCGUUGCUCUAUAUCACCUGAAGGUUCUGUGAAUUUGUUUCUUAUCUUAUUUUCAUCUCAAAAUGGAAAUGUGAUAAUAUAAAUGUCCUCAAGAACUGUACAGCCACGUAGCCACGUUACAUGUUUUUAUUUCCUUCUCUCACGUUUUCUCAUCGCAAGUUGUUAAAGCAAUAGUCUCUAACUGGUCUACAUAUAAUAUGUGUACUGUAUAUUGUGUGAAAUUGCACUGGACACGUGGGGUUGGGGGGGGGAGAACUGUUAGACAUAUUCUUGUA